UUCAACCAGCUGUCGAAGCUUCAACUUCAGUUGCUUCGGCUUUGGUUUUGGCUUCUCCUUUAAAUGACCUUACCAAUUUAAAUUUUUUGUUGCAACAGCAACAGAAUCAAUUCAUGGAGUCAUUAGCAAAAGUUGCCUUACAGCAACAAGAAGCAAUUUAUAGUAACUCUGCUAUUUCGGUUGAACAACCUAUUUCGACCCUUCCUGUUAUUAUUUCUGAUGUUGGAAAGCAUCAACAAAUGUUACAAAAAGUAAAAGAUCCACGUGAAAAAGGAAGAAUUUGGGAUACAAUUGUCUCAAAUAUACAAUCAUCCAGUAUUGCUGGUCCCGUUUUAAAAGAACGAUCUAAAACAUUAAUUCAGCAGAAGUGGGAUGCCUUGUUUCAGAAAUAUCGUGAUAUCAAAGACACUGUAGCAAAAUUUUUUUAUGAUAUCGAUGAAUAUUUAAGAUCUGAUCCAAGUGUUGAGGUAUCUAUUACAAGCGAUUCUAUCCGAGGUGUCAAACGUAAAGCACAAGAAAGUGAAGAGUUAAAUGAGGAUGAACAUAUUACAUCAAGAAAACGAAAAAAUAAGCAUAUUGGUGAAAAAGAAAAUCUUAUUGAAGAAUUUCAAACACUUAUUAAAGAACAAACCACAGCUAUUAUCAAAGCAAUAGAUUACAGCACGACGAACAAAUAG